AUGGUGGUUAGCUUGGGAUCAGUCAACUGCGAGGUGGACGUUCUGGAUCCAACUUACGGAUUCACAGAGCUGCCCCUCAACACUUCCAAUCACCGCAUUCACACGCCCUACGACUUGCCGGAAUCUCAACGGUACAGCCUCGUCGACGGAGUCCACAAGCUGUGGGUCUACUCGACGGACAGGCCACAUUACAAUGGCAGCACCACCGAGCCGAGAUCAGAGAUCAAGAUAGCCGAUUAUACGUACAAUUCAGGGAUUUGGCAAUUUGAAGGGCAGGGUUACGUGCCCAAAGGUACCAACGGGGUGUCCAUAAUGCAGUGUUUGGGGGAAGCAACGGUCGCGCAACCAGCUUGA